AUGGAAGCUAAUGAUGUUGUUGAGAGUUUUAUGGAGGUAACUAAUGGUGAGAUUAAUGCUGUGGAUGAGUAUCAGGUAUUCGUCGAGAUUAUUUCAAGUGAAAUAGUGAAGCCAUGUGAUGAUGAAGUUGGUAACUGUGAGCAUUAUGAUGAGGUAAAUGUGGUUAGUGCUGAGAAGUUGGGUUCGCACAACUGUGGAGCGUCCAUCAUCGGCUCCAGCUGGGUCCUGACGGCGGCCCACUGCGAGGACGGCCUCAGUCUCUCAUGGAUGAGUUUCCGGGUCGGCAGCUCAAUCCGAGAGAGCGGAGGCUCCGUCCUGCAGGCGUCUUCUGGCUUCCAGAAUGAGAUUUUCACUCUCAACGCUCAGGCGGUGGUCCUACCCUCUGACGGCUACGACCCGGCAGGUGGUCUGGCGGUGACUGUGACCGGCUGGGGAGACACCAGGACGGGGGGACCUGCAGCCGCCAACCUUCAGAAGGUCGACAUCAGCAUCGUGGACCGCAACGCCUGCAGAAACAUCUUCGCCAAAACUAACACUGUGACCGACCGCAUGGUGUGCGCUGGUCAGGCCGGCCACAGCGUCUGCAACGGAGACUCUGGCGGCCCCCUGGUCAGCGGAAACACCCAGGUGGGCAUCGUCUCCUGGGGAUCGAGGACCUGCGAGUCUACGCCCGGAGUCUACGCCAACGUUUUCAACCUGCGCUCCUGGAUUCGCUCUGCAGUUGGUAUCUAA